AAUCCGUUAACUGUGUAAAUCUGGCGCCUCCUCUGUUCGGCUCGCACAGAUAGAAACAAAAUGGCGGCAGCACCGAUGAUGAUGCCGGACUUCGGGCAGCGAAAUGCUUCCAAAAGCGACCUGGUUCCGGACUGGACCAGCAAGGAAGUCAGCACCGGGACCACCAUCAUGGCGGUGGAGUACGAUGGAGGAGUGGUGAUCGGUGCAGACUCUCGCACAACCACAGGAGCCUACAUCGCCAACAGAGUCACAGACAAACUGACCCCGAUCCACGACCGGAUCUUCUGCUGCAGGUCUGGAUCAGCUGCAGACACUCAGGCCAUCGCCGACGUGGUCACCUACCAGCUUGGCUUCCACAGCAUCGAGCUGGACGAGCCCCCAUUGGUGGAGACGGCGGCUAAUCUGUUCAAAGCCAGCUGCUACCGCUACAGAGAGGAGCUCUCUGCUGGGAUACUGGUGGCAGGCUGGGACAAGAGGAAGGGAGGACAGGUAUACUGCGUUCCUAUUGGGGGGAUGUUGGUGAGACAGCCUGUGUCGGUGGGCGGCAGCGGCAGCACCUACAUCUACGGCUUCAUGGACGCAAACUACAAAACGGGAAUGACCAAAGACCAGUGUCUGGAGCUCACUUCCCAAGCUCUGUCUCUGGCGAUGGAGAGAGACGGCUCCAGCGGUGGCGUGGUCAGGAUGGCAACCAUCUCAGAGGAGGGAGUGGAGAGACGGGUCAUUCUGGGAAACAAGCUGCCUCGGUUCUCUUCCCACUGAGCACACACUCACACAGUCAGUGACUGGGUUAACUUGUCCAUCUUGUUGUGUUAAUAAAGGUUUGAAUCUGU